AUGUUGCAAGUUGCAGUAAAGGAAGGCCACACCUGGCGAGGGAGGAAGAAUCACAGGAUCCAUCAAGGCGACUUGUGUAGAAUGUUUCACCACCGGCAAUGCACUCGUUAUAACCACCGGAAAAUAAUCGUUGAUGCACUUGAUCUGAAUCUAAGACUCGGUUUCCAGUGGGUUAACGGGACAUUUCGAGUAAUAUAUUGCGUUUGCUGUAGCAGGAACUUAUACCGUUCCUAUAUAUACAUCAGAGAGUCUUCUUGGUAUACAGUAAGUGGACCUUUGAAUGUCAUUACUGGGUUUGAAGUAGAGUUCCCAGAUGAUCCUUUAUCUAGAGAACUUGUGGAGGAGAUCCUGAAAGGAAUCAAAGCGAAAUCCUUACCGACGAAAUUCAAAUCCGGAGCUGGAUGCUUCAACGUAGCCCUUCGAUUAAAAUUAAAAGCUGGUACCUCUGUUGAAGUUUUCUAUUUCGGCUUCAAAUUCGAGGCUGCCGCAUACAUUGACGCUCCUCUAUACAAGGCUUGCAUUACUUGCCAGCCAGACCAAUCAUGUUCCCUUCAUCUUACAGAAAUUUUUAUUAUUGACGUUGUUGUCUAUGCUGAAGCAGCCAAAGCAAUCGAGUUUCUAACAUGGGUAGCUGGGCCUACUGUGGUGUCGACUAUGUUCGUUGCGCAGUUGCCUUCGACUUGCUUCAUCGGUACUACUUCUUCAACUCAGUACAGUCUUGCACCUUCGAUGACAAGCAAUCCUAUUACUCCAAAACCAGAAAUCGAGACGAUAUUGAGUCAGAAUACAUCCGAGAUCCCUUCCACAACUAUCCCGUCAUGCUCAACAAAUUCUACAACCUCAUGUGCCUCUACUGAAGAGACGAGAAGCAGAACAGUAUCAUUCCUCACCAAUUCGAGCAAUUCCACAUCACAACGGGACAUUCAUGUGGUUCCGAUGUCGCGGCCGCAGCGACAGGUAGACCCAGCGGAACAAUUCCAGUGCCUUCAACAGUACUUUCUUCAAAUUCAACUAGUGCUCUCGUUUCGCAUACCCGUCCCCCUCAAACAUAUAGUAUUCCUCCGAUCCACUAUCACGAAUGGGGCGCCAUUCCCAAUAGCCAAUACCGCUUUUACCCUCAUCGUACCAACCGAGAGCGAGAAGCAUGAUAAUACAACAUCUAUCAUAAACGAUCUUCCUACUAUCACAAACAUACUUAUACCAUCUACAUUUGUGCAAAGGAAGCCAUCUGGUUAUCAGAUCAACAAUCCCCCAUCUCUAUCUCUCUCCAUCCUCCCACUCCACUCCCCACCACUGAAUCCUCCCAGAUCACCAGUCUUCAUUCACCCGUCGGCACCAAUACCCCCACCCAUCAGCAUCAUCAACAAUGCAACCUUCAUCGCUUGCCCCACCCCUAUUAUCGAACGAAUGGAAACCACCAUCAUCUUUUCUACAAUCGGCAUCUCCAUCGCCGCAUAUUCGCCUGCCGUCCCCCAAGUCAUCAACGGUAGCACCUGGUAUGUACCAGGACAAAAUCUAUGGAACCCUCCCGGAGCGAUCACCUCUAGUGUGACAACUGGAGGACCCGGAGGGACAGGAGGUUACCUUAGCGUAGCUGAUGACACCCUUUCUAGGAGAACCGAAACCGGUAUGAUUGCAACAGGUCUGAGUCGUGAUAAGAUCAGAAGAAAAAUUCCACUAAAAAUAAGAGAGACAAGAUCUACAACGGGUAGAAGAUGGACCACUAGUAGUACUAACGCGACUGUGUCGAGCAUUGGAAGAGAUAGUGGAUAG